AUACUAAAUCUGAACCAUCAAAAGAUCCCAGUAACAAUGAUAGACCUUUUAUUACGCAAAAACCGGAUGGUUUUGCAAUAAGUCCUGACAAUGACCAAGAUAGCGAUAGUAAAUCUAAUUUUGGUUUUACAAAAGAACAAACCGAAAAACUUAAAGAAACUCAAGAAAAAUUUCUCUCUCUUACUGAUCCUAAUGCUUUAAAAUCAAAUUCCCAUCUAAACAUCACAAUAUGGGCUGAUCCUGAAAAUAGAGUAUUAACAAUUACUGAUAGUGGUAUAGGAAUGACUCGUCAACAACUUAAAGAAAAUUUAGGAACAAUUGCAAAAUCUGGUACUUCGGAAUUUUUAAGUGCUGUAGAAGAUAAAAAAGCUGAUAUGAAUUUAAUUGGUCAAUUUGGUGUCGGUUUUUAUUCGGUCUUUUUGGUGGCUGAUAAAGUUAUUGUUACCACAAAACAUAAUGAUGAUGAUCAAUAUAUUUGGGAAUCUCAAGCUAUUAAUGAUUUUACUAUUGCUAAAGAUCCUAGAGGAAAUACUUUGGGUCGUGGUACUCAAAUUAAAUUACAUCUUAAAGAUGAUGCCAUAUCAUUUCUUGAAGAUGCUUCUAUUCGUAACCUCAUUUUGAGAUAUUCCGAAUUUAUUAACUUUCCUAUUUGGUUAUGGACAAAAAGAUCUGAAACUAUUUCUCUUGAAGAUGAACCCCUCGAAAAAAGGGAUUCUGAUGAUGAAAAAUCAGAUUCUGAAGAACCAAAAAUUGAAGAUGCUUCUGAUGAUGAUGAUAAAAAAUCUGAACCUAAAACAAAAACAAUUGAAGUACCUGGUUGGGAACUUAUGAAUACUCAAAAACCUAUUUGGGCUCGUGAUCCAAAAAAUGUUUCUGAAAUAGAAUAUGAAAACUUUUAUAUGUCUUUUUCAAAGGAUAAUAGUGAAGUUGAUUUCAAGGCUAUUGUAUAUAUUCCGUCUAAAGCUCCUGAUAAUUUAUUUCAAAAAGUCCAAGAUUUUGCACGUAACGUUAAACUUUUUGUUAAACGUGUAUUCAUCACCGAUGAAUUUUUGGAUUUCGUUCCAAAAUACUUAGCUUUCAUAAAAGCUAUAAUUGAUGCUGAUGAUAUACCUUUGAAUGUUAGUAGAGAAACCUUACAACAUCAUAGAUCUCUCCAAUUAAUUAAAAAACGAAUUGUUAAAAAAACUUUGGAAUUAAUUGCUGAUUUAAAAAAUGAUGAUGUCAAAUAUACUAAAUUCCUUAAAGAGUUUGGAACAAGUUUAAAGGUUGGAGCUAUCGAAGACAAUGAAAACAGAAAGAAGAUCGCUCAUUUACUAAAAUUCCCAAGUUCUUAUAAAGGUUCAAAUUGGACUACUAUAGAUGAUUAUAUUAGUAGAAUGAAAAAGGGUCAGGAUAAAAUGUAUUUUAUCACUGGUUCUUCUGUUGAAGAAGUUGAAAAAUCACCUUUUAUCGAAGGUUUUGUGGCAAGAGGUUAUGAAGUCUUGUAUAUGGUUGAACCUAUUGAUGAAAUGUUGGUUCAACAUAUGCCUGGUCAUGGUGGUAAAAUGUUUCAAAAUAUCGCAAAGGGUAACAUCAAUCUUGGUGAUAAAGGCGAAAUUGAAUCAAUGGCUGAAUUGAAAUUCAAGUUUAUUAAAUUAACUGAGUGGAUGCAAACUAUACUUGCUGAUCAAGUCGAAAAAAAGAAUGAAUUCCUAAAAGAGUUCUAUGCAAAACAAAAGAAAAUUCUAGAAAUUAAUCCACAUCAUCCACUUAUGCUUGGAUUAUUGGAUAGAGUCGAAAAAGGCCAAACUGAUGAAACUACAAAAGAAUUAGUCCAGGUUUUAUAUGAAUCUACAUUAAUUAGAUCCGGUUAUGAUUUGAAAGAUAAUUUAAAAGUUUUAAGAAAGAAUUUAGGUAUAGAUCUUAAUGCCAAACCUGAAAUUGAUAUUGUACCAGCUGAAGAUGCUAAGAAAGAAGAAGAUUUGUUUAAUGAGUUGGAUCGUGAUGAACCCCCUGUCAAACCUUCAACUGAUGCUGAUGAUGACUCUACAGAUCCAACCAAGCCUUCAUAUAAUCAUGAUGAACUUUGA